AUGGAUCUCCUUCUCUUUCGGCGCAAAACAAAGCAGCAUACGAGUAGUAAUGCGGCAAGUGCGAGUACUGCUAGUGGCACGCCCACACCAAGUCCGAUCUUCUCGCGUCUAGUCAGGCCAGCGUCGCUUGAAGCGGGUGCCACAGGAUCUGCGGUUGGAUCUAAAGUCGCAGAUGGACUUGCGGGAGAGGACGCAGAUGUUGAGACGGUAGUCUCCGAAGACGACGAUGACAAUGACGAUGAGGUCGCUAGUGUGGUCGAAAGCUCAGAAGAAGACCUAGAGGAGGAUGCCGAACUGGUGGUUUCGCUCGAGGCACUGCUCGAAGAUGCCGUAGACGUGGGAAUCGUGCUCAAACUUUCGGAUGCUGAUAUCGCAGAGGAUGGCACUGCGCUAUUCGAUAAUGACUCAGAUAUCGAUGAGUCGGUAUUUGAAGCUGUCUCUGUGGGUAAUGCCGUUGGUGAUGCGGUGACAUCAGUUGGCAAUGCUUCGCUCGCAGGUGGUGCUGCCGUCGCAGGCCCGAACUCUUGUAUGAAGUAG